GAAGAAAGAGCUCGUUAUAAACUUUGACAAACGGGCAGAGCAGAAUGUGGCGGGGAAAUUUACUUUUCUUCUCUGUCCCGCUGUCGAAGCUGCAACCAUACCCGUCAUCACCACCACCACCGGCGUCGAAUAGGUUUUUGAUUCAGCCAACAUGGACGCAGAAAAUGAUACAGAGAGGAAUUUGGAUGGAGAGAACAGUGUUAGACGAAGGAGCAGCCAAAAAAUCCAUGUCUGGGAGUGGAGCACGAGAGCAUAAGGACCAAUUACACAAACUUCAGGAGAAGGACCCAGAAUUUUAUGAGUUCUUGAAAGAGCAUGACAAGGAAUUGCUUCAAUUCAGUGAUGAUGAUAUAGAUGUGAGUAAUGUUACAUUUAGACUCUUUUUAUCCAUCCUUUUACUGUGCCAUGCAUAAACUACUAUGGAUAUGGUAUGGGGUCCGUGAAAUAUAUUGAUUUGAUAUUUCAAAUAGUUAUCACGUGUAGUAUGUAAUGUCUUCCAAUGCCAUAUUUGUCAAAGGAGUAAGUACCAAACAUCAUCGAGAGUUGGAUUACUUCAACCCUUACCUAUACCAAAUGCCAUUUGGGAAUAUAUAAGUAUGGAUUUUGUGGUAGGGCUGCCCAAGUCAAAAGGGUUUGAUACUAUUUUGGUAGUAGAGGACAGAUUGAGCAAAUAUGGUCAUUUUCUCUUACUACUCAAACGUCCUUAUUCAGCAAGGUCAGUAGCUGAUGUCUUUACAAGGGAGAUAGUGAGGUUACAUGGAAUUCCAGCCUCCAUAGUGAGUGACAGGGACCCGGUUUUUAUGAGUAAUUUUUGGCAAGAGCUAUUUAGGAGGCAAGGUACCACCUUGAGGAUGAGUACAGCAUAUCAUACUGAAUCGGAUGGGCGAACCCAGGUGUUGAAUAGAGCUUUGGUAUCUCCAAGAUAAAGGUUGGGGAUUGGUUGUAUUUGAAGAUUCGGCCACAUAGACAAACUUCAAUGCCUACUAGAUUGCAUCCUAAGUUGGCAGCCAGGUACUAUGUAUGGCCCUUAUCAAGUGGUUAAUUAUUGUUGCGGGUGAAUCUUAUACAUGUUGCUAAUUAAUUACUUAGAAUCGAUCUUAGUUUUGGGUUCAUAAAUUAAAAGAAAAAAAAGCCUUAUUUACAUGCAUGUGAUUUUACCAUGAAAGAAUUGAAGAAUAACAAAUUACUUGGUGGCCGGUGUUAUUCAAAUAUACCAAAAUAAUAUUAUAAUUUCUUUCAACGUGAUCGUGAUAUAUAUAUAUAUAUAUAUAUCCGUCUUAAGCCCUUACAGGCAUGGCGUCUUUGACUUGUGCGGUAAGUAACCAGACUUCCAAGACUCGAGAACUGACUUGGGAUGAGACUCCUCAUUUAUCAUGAUUCAUGACAAUGCAAAAGGCACGUAACGGGACUUUCCUGUUUAACACUAGUUUUUAAAAUAUAUUAAUUCUGUAAAAUAUGUUUCCUAAAAUAUG